ACUAGGAUUUCACUCUUCCUGGGAUGUAGAAGAGAGCAGUAGUUGGUGGAAUCCUGGUCAACCACAAGGAAUUGGAUUUACCUGAAAAUAAUCCUCCUAAGAAUCUUAAUUUUCCUUUUUUAUAAAAUCCGAUUCAAUUUUGUUUUUGAAACAGGGAUUCUUUGGUCUCAGAUCGCAGUGAUGCCUGUCUCUGGAACACCUGCUCCAACCAACAAGAGGAAGAAGCCUUCUAAAAUCAUCACAGACUUCUCAAACAUUUCACAAGAUGACCAGGAAGAUGAAGAGGCUGAAGCCACUGAACUGAACCUGGGGACCAAAAUCAAGGCCCCUAAAGAUGUGAUGUUGGAGGAGCUGUCCCUCAUGAAAAACAAGGGCUCCAAAAUGUUUAAGAUGAGACAGCAAAGGGUGGAGAAAUUCAUUGUCAGUGAUGAAAACCUGCAAAACCUCCAAAACCUGGCUCCUUCUCUGGGUUGCGAGAUGACAACUCCACUUGCUCCAUCUCCCAAACCAGAGCCACCUCAAGAGGAAGUAAAUGCUGAGGCGGAGAAGGAAAAGAGAAGGCCUGAGUAUGUUAAAACAUAUGUAUCACCAUGGGAACGUGCUAUGAAAGAUGAUGAAGCACUUAAAAAAACCAUGAAGUUGAAAAUGCCAGGGCCUCAUGUUUACAUGGAACUUCCCAAGUACAAGAGUUUUAACAGAACGGCUCUACCCUUUGGAGGAUUUGACAAGGCCUCUCGCCUCGUGACCUUUGAGCCCCCAGAGGUCAAAGUGACCGCUGAAGAGCCACAACCAGUGCCUGUGUUGCAGGACAACCUUUGUUGUCGACCUUCUUUCAAUCGCACUCCAAUCGGCUGGACAUGCAGUGAGGAGAACAGCCACAUCCACAUGGAGCUCGAUAACUUCCCCUUUGACGGCGAGACUGAUGACCUCUGAGAAAUCUGCCCAUCUUUUGCUGAACAACACAGACAUGUACAUACUCAAUAAUAUACAUGCUGUGCGCAUACAUAUGCACAUACAAAAACUAGCAAACACCUUAUGCACUCACACCUACCUGUACACCUGGCAGAGAAAUAACUAUGACUUAUUAGUAUUUGCAUGAGAAUGGAAUGACCAUGAGAAAAAGUACCCCUCCCUGCCUUAAACCGUUUGCAUUUUCCUUCCAUUUUUGUGUGUGCUGUUUGCUGUUUUCUCAUGUGGAAACCCUUCAGCGCAUGUUAUGCUUAGCUGAUUCAUAUGCCAGAAUACAUUAUGUCUAAUUUACUGCAAUGACCUCUUCAUGUCAUUUUAUAUGACAUGUACUAUAUAUAUUUAAAAAAGCUAAAACUAUCUCAACCUGGCGGUACAAUAAAACUGUAUCCUUAAAUAGACU